AUGAGUUCCGACGCUAAGCCCGAGCCUAAAAAAGCCAAAAUGGAGAAUGAAAGCAAAUAUCUCCCCGAGCUUCUGGCAGAAAAAGACAGUCUGGAUUCUUCAUUCACUCAUGCAAUGAAACUUCUAUCUGCAGGUAAUAUUUUACUUAAAUAUUUUAAUUGAAAUGCAUAUUUGCAGUGACUCCUUGAACUAGUUUGCUAGCUGAUGUAGCUGUAAAAAAAAAAAAAAAAGACGAUAGCUAGGCUAACGUAGCUAACUAGCAGGUUACCUAACCGUUCUGGUUGUAACGUUAACACUUCUGUGAUUCCUACAACAAACUAUUUGUGUUGACCUAAACGUUAGAUUAUUAUUGAUCAUAGAUUCAAUACAAUGGGUUUUGCAAAACCCACAACAUAUAGCCUAGUUAGUAUUACUAACUAUGUAUAAGUGUUGGCCUUGUGUUGGACAACAAUGGUUGCCGCGGGAAGAACGGCCUGCUAGCACGAGGCUCGAAUGGAGAAGAGGCAUGGCACGGAGCAGGAUGGGUGUAGGGAAUAUGUAGGUAACUAGUUAGGUAACGUGGCUGUUAUGGCCUCGAACUUUUCCGACGUGCAAAUUAAUGCUUAUGGAAGGCUGCUGCCCAUUUGUGAGUUUUCUUAUUAGGCAUUACAGUCAGUAACUAGGUUUCCAUCCAAUUGCACACAGAUUUUCAUACGAAGAUUCUAAAAUCCGUUUAAAAACUAUUUGAAUUUCCCCACCAGCGAUGUUUCCAUCAAAUGUAUCCAACAGCUCGCAGAUAUAGCCUGAUGAGAUUAUGGACAAAAGAGCGAGAUUAUUUUUAUUUGUCAAAAGGCAGUCAAUCAAGCAUCAAUCAUCGUGUCGCCGGAAUAAGACCCUAGAUAUUUUUUGGAAAGUUACAUCAAGCUCAUCACCGUGCACUUUCACCACCCUGUGAAAUUCAUAAUUACUUUUUACAUCUGUAGCAUAAUAAACUGCAUGCUUUCCUAAAUCGUAGUGGGAGGACAGCACAACAUAUCAUCGCGUGACUCCAAGUAAAUAUUAUGGUUAUUAUAUCAAUAUUUACGCAUAAAGUAUUUUCCACCGCAAUUUCUCUCAACAGUAGCUAGUUAUAUGAAAUAGGGCUGCUUAUUUGUUAGUGCUGUAAAAAUGUGUAGUUGGCUGAUUCCUCACGAAAUCCUGAUAAAUACCAUUAUUUUUUGUUGAUUUUCACAAUGUAAUCCAUAGAAUGUACCUUCUGGCAGAAGGAUUGUUGACAUAUUUUACAUUUGUAUCUAAGCAUAAUUGUGAAAUAAUUGCUGAGUUGGCAUAUGUAUGGCAUUUUGGCCUUACACUUGUCUAUGUUUCAAAUGUAGGUGCUACAAAGCAAAAAUUGGUGUCAUAUGAAGCUUUACCGCUUGCUCUGGUAUGAGUAAUAUUGUUUUCAAUAACAAUUAAUUUAUGAAUAUUGACAAAUAUAAACAUAAAUAUUGAGGAAAUGCCAUUUUUGAUGUGGCAAUUUAUAAUGUAUAUUGUUGAACAUAAUAUACUUUAUGGGCAUAUCAAAGUUCUAGAGCGAGAUCUCUGCAAGUUUUAAAGUUAUCGCCCAUUUUAAACAGAAAUUGGCAUAGUAGGUAACCAACCACAGCCCUCAUUUACUUGCAUCCUGCAAAUCACCUGCACAGGGCGACCAUUUUGAAUCCAAUUCUACAUUCAUUCUGUUGCCGGUAAUGCUUACAAAUUGGAUCAUAACUCUAAAAGUAGCGGAGAUCCCACUCUGGAACUUUGAUAUGUAUGUAGCGUGAGUAUUAUGUUAAACAAUAUAUUAAAAAACAAGCUAAAUCAAAAUGGCAUAUUUUCACUUCUAAAAUGUAAGAUUCAUUAUUGAGAUAAAAAGACUACUUGUAUUACAGAGCAAGCGGUAAAGCUUCAUAGGACACAUUUUUGCUUUGUAGCACAUACAGAUGAAACAUUGUUUUUUUUAAGGAGGCCUGGGUAUGGCCAAAAUGUAAAAUAUUCCAACUACAAUUAAAUAUUUCUCAACUUUUAAGAUCCAAACGUCAAAUAUAUUUCAACAAUAGAUCCUCCAAAGGACCAUUCUAUGGAUUGCAUUCUGUGGAAAUCCCCCAAAAUCAUUGCAUUUUGUCCUGUUUCGUGAUUAAUCAGCCACUUUAUUUUCUAUCCAUCAUAACUACAUUUGAAUCUAAGUUAAUGUUUACACUCAUGCAAGUCACUUAGAUUUCUACUAAUAAACAUUUCCCACUCUUACAGCUGGAUUCCUGAAUUUAUCUUGCGAAUACCUGCAGAUGAUAUUGCAGAUUUGAAAUUGGUAGUAGACAGCAGCUAGCUUUCACAUCUGUGGGUUAAAAAAAAGAAGUGAUGUCUGCUACAAAGUUACUGUGCAAUGCUGUAGGCAGGACAUUGUCACAAUAUGUUGGAACCUCUGCUAGAAACCUCAAGGCUGCUGUAAUGGCAGCCAGAAGCUGAGCAUUGUCCAGGAUGUCUGGUUGGCCUGUCUUUAAAGUAUAGGAAGAUGGUUUCUGUAGUUAAGUGUCAGACCAGGUUAUAACUGGUUCCGUCCUGCUGCAGGGCCAGUUAACAGCUUGCUUGCAGCCUGCCUCUCCCCCAGAACCAAUUUUCCCCCAGACAGUUCACCACUGCCAGUCUGUCUCAAACUAAACAUGAACAUGCAUUAAGAAGAGUUUCGAAUUUAUGUUUUGGGACCAACUUUGUAUUCUACGGUCUGAUCAGCUACUUUUUGUCAAUGAUGUGAACUGUGUGGUGUAACUUGAGACCCACCCACUAACUUCUUUGUGAGGAAAUGAGGGAGCUAGCGUGUCUUUGGGUCUCUUGUAUUUUAUCUUAUGACUCCAGGAUAGGAUGUUGUCUAGUAGGCCUAUUAUUCUACACUUUGAUUUGACCAAGCGCUGCUAAUUGCUUGGAAAUUAUGAGCAUUUCAUGAAGCUCUUGCACUAUGCAUUUAUGAUCAGUCUUUGUGAAUGAUAGUGAUGUUAGUCAAACUAAAAAGCCAUGUUCUGUUUCUCUGUAGAGAUAGAACGGAUUCAGAAAGGAGAGACAAAGAAAGAGACAGAAAGAGAAACUUACCUGGACCUGUUUACCACAAAGAACAUCAAGGUCAAGGAACGUGUGCUCAUUCCUGUCAAGCAGUACCCAAGGGUGAGUACAUAUUUUUUUUUUUUGUAUUUGUUCAAUAGAAACCUUCAGUUUGGGCCAUUGCUUUUCACCUGUGAUUACUUUAGGGUGGGAAACAUAUACUAUGCUCAAAGCAUACAUUAUCCUUUACUGUCAAUGAACUCUUGUGUCACUGACAUAGAAUGAACACAACUUGCACCCCUGAGGGUUAUCAGUGACCUGAACUUUAAUGGAUAUGACUGCAUGUAGUGGAAUUAUUAUUUUAAUAGGAGAAUUUCAUGGGAUUGAAUUCAGAAUGGCAUGUCACUGUGCUCAUUCUGCCAUGCAGUUAGUCCCCCAGUGGUGUCUACAAAAUGGCUCACUUAAACAGGCAUAAAUAAUAGAAAGAGGACAGCUGGUUCAUUCCUCUUCAAUGCUGUGUGCUGAAACUGCUUUCUCAUAUCUACUGCUAUUAAACAUGGAUCAACUUCCUGCUGUCUCUUGGGCAGGCUCUCGCACUGUCUCUUACGGUGUCUGGUCUGUUCGAUAUCCCCUCUCAGCCUUUUCCUGCAUGAAUAAGUGUGGUUGGGGAGAAACCAAAUGGCCCUAGCUGUCACGCUAGAGUGCCUGAGUGAUUAAUUAAUCUGUAAAUAUGACCUACUCUUGCUGGGUUUUCCCCCUGCUGCAGCAGCCUGGCUCUGACAUGCUUGUCUGUAAUGUAGUGUAUCCCCGCUCUCCCUUAGACUGGAAAGGAAAGACCUGCAGCAUGCUAUAGUUUAGCGUCAGUGAUGCAGUAUCUUCCGCAGCCUAUUACCAUGAUCUAUGUUUCAAUAUCCAUGAAUACAACAAUUUCUGCACCAAGAACAUCGAGGCUAUUAGUGAACCCUUUUUUUAUUUCCACAGUUCAACUUCGUUGGUAAGAUUUUGGGACCCCAGGGGAACACGAUCAAGCGACUCCAGGAGGAGACUGGAGCAAAGAUCUCAGUGUUGGGCAAAGGUUCCAUGAGGGACAAGGUGAAGGUAAGAAUGGAGGGAGGGUGGAGUUGACAGGGUACAUGUGGAGAAGAGUCCCUUUGUAACAAACAUUGCGGUAAUCGGCUGUGUAAUGUGCAGAAUUCAUUGUCAUUUUUACAUUGUUAAAUUUCAGGAGGAAGAGCUGAGAAAGGGUGGCGAGCCCAAAUAUGCUCAUCUGGGCAUGGAACUGCAUGUCUUCAUAGAGGUGUUUGCUCCCAUACCUGAGGCAUACCUGCGCAUGGCUCACGCCAUGGACGAGGUCAAGAAGUUCCUCAUCCCUGUAAGUAUCCCAGGCAGCAUCCUGCUUCAACCAAAGACAUUUUAAAGUUGUUAUGUAUGGGUCUAGCUAUUUGAUCUAUGGUAGCUUAGCAAUGGUCCAAGAUUUUUCAUCCUGCUUCCAUGUUAUAAUGUCAGACCUGUCAUGUUAAUGUAGCUACUCUCUUUACUCUUUAUAAGCAGGACACCAUGGAUGGUAUAUGCCAGGAUCAGUUCAUGGAGAUUGGCUACCUGAAUGGCGGUCAGGAUUCACAAUCCAGGGGACGAGGGGGCCCUCCAGGCAGGGGCAGGGGAGCACCCCCACCCAACUCAGCAGGAGCCAGGUAGGACUCUCUGCCUGACAACCCCUUACCUUUCAAGACCAAUAGCCUUCAGAAUCCUAAAAAGGUAAAUUUACGCCUAUUUUUUUUCUUCAGGGGGCGAGGAAUGCCACCUCGUGGAGGAGCCCCCCGUGGAGGCACCCAACGUGGUGGAGCUUCCCGAGGAGGACCUCCCAGGGGUGGUUCUGCCAGGGGGGCUCCAGCUGGUCGGGGUGGACCCCCCUCUACACCCGCUAGAGGAGGCACAGCACCCCGUUCCAGACCCCCCACCCCAGGGACACCAAGGAUGCUCCCGUCUCCAGCCCACUCCCACCAGCAGCACCAACAUCAGCAUCAACACGCACCACCACCCAAGGCUGAGGCCUACAAUGAAUAUGUAAGUCAAACCACUCAAUCGUUAAGUCAUUGGGUUGUAUACCUACUUUCAGAACUGAAGAGCUGUCAGUUUAAAGAUUGAUUUAUUGUAGGUCUAUUCAUCAUGGGUGACAUGUCACCUCAUUUGUGUUUAAGCCCCAUGGGACUUUUCUAGUCCACUUGAGUUUUUUAUUGUGACAUGCUAGUAGAAUUCUAUGUUUUACAUGUACCUUGUCAUUUUGUGGUAAUAAUGGCUUAUGUUGUCUUUAUUUCCCCAGCCUGCCUAUGAAGAAAGCUACGCUGAGCCUGCAUAUGAAGGUUAUGACAACUAUUACAGUCAACAACCUCCACAAGCGUAAGUAUCUUUCUCAUAAUAUAAUUGCUGAGUGAGUUAAAACAAUGAAGUGGACAAUCCUCAGAAGAUUGGAAUAUCAGACUCUUUUGUUUUAUUUAUUUUUUCUCGUUUGAAUUGUCAGAGGAAAAAUUAAGGUGGUUAGGCUGGAUUCCAGCAGGCAACCAACCCCUCUGAUUCAGAGGCGUUGGGUUAAUUGCGGAAGAAGCGUUUCGGUUGAAUGCAUUCAGUUGUGCAACUGACUAGGUAUCCCCUUUCCCUAGUGAUUUGAAUUUCCGGGAACCUUUGUAAUUACACUGAUAUUGUGCCAUGUUUUCAAAUGAAUGCUGUGAGGUCCCAAACAUUUAACCCUCUCCGUAUUCAAUGUAGUCUUAAAGUCUGUCUUAAAAGGCUCUUUGACAUACUCUUCUCUUCUCAGGGACACUGAGUACUAUGACUAUGGACAUGGAGAGGCUCAGGAGGCUUAUGAACCCUAUGGUAAGAUGGCAGUAAAUGAAUGGUGGUGAAUGUUACUGCAACCAACAAAUUUUUUCAUACAUUUUGAAAUAAUGAAACUGACGUAAUUGGUCCAAACUGGUCCUUUGUCCAUUUGUUGUACUCGAUGUUGUGAAGGAAUUGACCACCACUCUUUGUCACACUGCAUGUAUCCAAACAUUGACCUAUGCUUUUUUUUUUUCUGUAGCCCAGGACGAUUGGGAGGGUUCCUGGUCCUCCACUGGAGGCAAAGCCCCUCCAGCGAGGCAGGAUAAGCGGGGGGCCUACAGAGAGCAUCCAUACGGAAGAUACUGA